GCCUAUCCCAACAUCCCGCCUAGUUUUUCCUUAAUACGGUUAACUACCCACCCUCUCCGUUUUGCAUAUCAAGUUAUCAACAAACGCUCCUAUUUUUGGCUAACGCCCAGCCUGUGCACGCCUCCUGCAUCCUGUUUGAUUUAUUACAUAGUUCUCUUCCUCAGGUUAGGCAAUACUAUAUGACGGAUAUAUUGUUUGUUAACUGCAGUCUGUUACAGGAGGUUUAAUUUUCAGCAGCAACAUGGAAAUGAAAGGUGACCCGGUUGCAAUGAAUCCUGGACCAGGGUUCCAGAUUCCAGAAAAUCCAGCCCAAGGAUUUCCUCCUGCCGGGUACCCCACUCCUGGUUAUCCUGGCUAUCCUGCUUAUCCUGGCUAUCCUCCUCCUGAUAUGCAGCCCCCCUAUGCAUAUGGUCAGGUUCCUCAGGGAGCAUUCCAAGGUGGUCAGCAUCCUCAGGGAGCAUUUCAAGGUCCACCUGGUCAGCCACCCUAUGUUGCUUAUGGAGGACCACAUCCUAUCCAAAACCAACCAAUGGGACCUGGUCCCACGCCAUCUGCAUGGAUGCCAGUCCCUGAGACAAUCCCCAAUUGCCCGCCAGGUCUAGAAUAUUUGAGCCAGAUUGACCAGCUUUUGGUUCAUCAACAAGUUGAGUUACUUGAAGCCUUGACGGGAUUUGAAACUAAUAACAAAUAUGAAAUAAAAAAUAGCAUGGGGCAAAAAGUCUAUUUUGCUGCGGAAGAAAAUGAUUGCUGUAAUCGCAACUUUUGUGGAUCUGCUAGAUCAUUUGCCAUAACAAUUGUUGACAAUACUGGUCGGGAAAUUAUUAGAUUACACAGACCUCUUCGAUGUUCCUCUUGUUGUUUUCCAUGUUGUCUUCAGAAGCUUGAAGUGGAGGCUCCUCCAGGAAAUCCUAUUGGUUAUGUUGUUCAGAACUGGCAUCCCUGUUUGCCCAAAUUUACAAUUCAGAAUGAAAAAGGUGAAAACGUGCUUAAAAUCCGUGGGCCUUGUAUUCCUUGUAGCUGCUGCUCAGAUGUAAACUUUGAGAUAAAGACACUGGAUGAAACAUCUGUUGUUGGAAAAAUUUCCAAGCAGUGGACCGGGCUUAUAAAAGAAUCGUUUACAGAUGCCGACAACUUUGGAGUCCAGUUUCCUAUGGAUCUUGAUGUGAAAAUUAAAGCAGUUGUGCUUGGUGCUCUAUUCCUUAUCGAUUUCAUGUUUUUCGAACACUCAGAUAAGAAGAAUUAAAAGCCUGGAUAAUGUACCGUGGUCUACCUCAUAUUACAGUUUAAUUUUUAAUUUUAGGUUCAACUUUCUACAGUGUAAUGAAAAUGUGAAUUAUUUUUUUUUAUACCAAAAAAUGGUCUUUUAACAAAAUCCAAUAUCCUGCUUUAGGCACCAAUAAUGGGAAGUAUAAUGUAUGUAAAUAAAAUGGGAUUUGACUUUAUAAUUAUUUUGUAAACUUUACAUUGGAAAACUUGAUAUGCAUGUGUGCAAAUGCUCUUUCAGGUUAAUUUUUAUCAUUUAAAGUGUAUUUUACGCACACAGUAUUGACCAAUGCAAGAAUAGUUUAUUUUUUUCUCAUAUGACAUAACAAAGUUAAAAAUAAAUUAAGCUGUUUGUUAAAAUUUUCCAUUCCAGGCAUGAAGCUAAGAAUGUUACAUGUUAUUCAUUUGUUUCUUCAAGUUAUCUCAAAAGUCUUGUAUAUGUUUAAUUUUCCAUAGUGUAAAUAUUGUCUUAGGGAUUUUUAUAUACUAUAUAUGAUAUGAAUGCAGAAUAGGCCCAAGUCAUUUUUAAAAUGAGAGGAUGUAGCUAGAUGAAAAGAUUAAUUUUCAAAAGGUUAAAGGGUGCCCAUCUGUUAGUUUCAAUAACAUAUCUGCUGGUUGGGUUAAACACUACCUUUUUAAUAUUAUAAAAUUGAUAUUUAAGAACGUAAAUACUCUUGUCUGAAACCUGCUCUUUAUUUCACAGCUGAGGGUUACUAGAGUCUAGUCCCAGAUCAAUAUAGAUAUUACAAUGAGAGCUAGCAUUCCUAAAAACCCUGAAUGUAUUGUGCUGGAUAAACAACUUAAAGGGAUAUUAACCCCUCAUUUUUUCUUUCAUGAUUCAGAUAGAGCAUGCAAUUUUAAGCAACUUUCUAAUUUACUCCUAUUAUCAAUUUUUCUUUGUUCUCAUGUUAUCUUGAUUUGAAAAAGCAGUAAUAAAAGGUUAGGAGCCGGCCCAUUUUUUAGUUCAGCACCUUGGUAGAGCUGCUGAUUGGUUUGCUACAUUUAGCCACAAAUCAGCAAGUGCUACUCAUGUGCUGAACAAAAAAUGGUCUGGCUCUAAAGCUUACAGUACUGCUUUUUCAAAUCAAGAUAGCAUGAGAA